AUGCGCCUCAGGCUACAGAAAUACCAUAUUGAGGUGAAGUACCAGCGUGGUAAAAAGAUGUAUAUCUCUGAUGCAUUAUCUAGAGCAACUGCGUCCAAGUCAGUAACUACCAAGGAGAACUCAGAUUACGAGAUUUACGCAGUAGAAUCCGAGCAGAAGUUGGCCAAAGAAGUCGAGGAGAUUGAUUACUCGCAGUACAACAAUGUGUCCGAUGAGUCUCUGGAGCAAGUAAAGACUCAUACACUUCGGGAUGACGCUAUGCAGUCACUGCUGAUCCUAGUCAUGGAAGGAUGGCCUAGUGACAAAACUCAAGUUCCCCUGUUAUGCCGUGAAUACUGGCCAUAUAGAGACGAGUUAUCCUGUCAAGAUGGCAUCCUCUAUCGAGGCACCAGAGUAGUAAUUCCUACUAUCUUACGUAAACAGAUGCUGGAGAGAGUCCAUGCAACUCAUCAAGGAACAGAGACAGCUAUACGUAAAGCUAGAGAUGCGAUUUUCUGGCCUCAGAUCAGCAAUGACAUUCGCAAUGUGGUAGCAACUUGCAACGUCUGUCAGGAAAAUCAGCCUCGCCAACAGAAAGAGCCAAUGCAUUCUCAGCCUAUACCCAAGGAGCUAUUUGAAAUCGUCAGCAGUGAUUUAUUUUCCAUUCAAGGGGAACAUUAUUUGCUGCUUGUAGAUCAUUUCUCAAAGUACUGGGAGAUCACUCAACUCAGUGACACUACUUCAGAAGCAGUGAUCAACGAAUUGAAGCAGCAGUUUGCUCGACAUGGCAUUCCAAAGCUGUUUAUCUCUGACAACGGGCCUCAAUAUCAGUGUCAGCAAUUCCGAGAGUUCACCGAGGCGUGGAAGAUUAACCAUCAUACAUCAUCUCCCCACCACCCCAGUGGUAAUGGCACAGCUGAGGCAGCUGUUAAAGUGGCAAAGACCCUGAUCAAGAGAACAAAACAAGACGGUACCGAUUUGUGGUUAGCAGUUUUAGAGCACAGAAACACGCUAGCCGCAGACAACACGGGGAGUGCAGCACAAAAGUUGAUGAGUAGGCGCACUAGAUCGCUCAUUCCCGUACGCUGUGACAAGCUAGAGCCAAUAGUAGUACCAAAAGACCAGGAGGUCCAUACCACUCGGUUCGGUAGACUCUUGAAGAAGCCAAAAUACUUAGGAGAUUAUGACAGACAAUUGCUUGUAUUUCAAGAAAAAUAUAUUUAUUUUUCAUUAAUUGCAAAGGUCAACAGUUGUGUCUCAAAUCUCAGCAUUACAGAGAAGACAGAAUUGUUGAUAAACUUCCUGGUAUGA